AUGGAAUACGUGCCGGCCGCGGUAAGGAAUCGUCUGCAAGAUUUACGCACCCAAGUGAAGACUGACAAAAAGCCGCGCAAGCCGGAAGGGAAGCUUUUCAAGGAAAAAAUUCGAAAACGUCGAAUUGUAUCCGAAGCUGCGAAAAAAAUCAUACAACGCAGGCGUUUUGCAACUCUAAAAAAGCUUAUCACCGCGCGCGGCCAAGCCUAUGUUAAUGAAUACCGCAAAGACGCACGAAGGGAGAUAAACAAGGCCAGGGAGGCUAAAAAGGCUGGCAACUUCUAUGUACCUGAGGAGCCGAAACUGGCUUUUGUUGUCCGGAUCCGUGGUAUAAACGGAAUCCACCCCCGGCCUCGUAAGAUUUUACAGCUGUUUCGCCUGCGACAGAUCAAUAACGGCAUGUUUGUACGAUUGAACAAGGCUACACUUAAUAUGUUACGGAUUAUCGAUCCCUACGUCGCUUGGGGUUAUCCAUCCAUCAAGACUGUUCGGCAGCUCUUAUACAAGCGUGGUUACUGUAAAUACCACGGAACCCGUCAACCAAUCACCAACGACUUGAUCCAACGGAAACUUCAGCGUUACGGGAUCCUGUGCAUGGAGGAUCUGAUACACGAGAUCGUCAAGGUGCAGAAAAACUUCAAGCCAGCUGUAUCCUUCCUUUGGCCAUUCAAACUGAAUAACCCUAGUGGUGGAUUCCGAAAGAAAGGACGUCACUUCGUUGAAGCCGGCGAUUUUGGGAAUCGGGAAAAAUACAUCAAUCACCUAUUGAAACGAAUGAUUUAA